AUGGAUCCUCAAAUGGAGCUGGACUCUUCGGAAACUCGAGGCACCAAAAGAUCUGCCGAGGAUACCGAGGAGCCACAGAGGCCUAAGAGGAUCAGGGCUCUCGACCCAGAUGUUGUGAACAAGAUUGCAGCGGGAGAGAUCAUUGUGGCUCCUAUGCACGCAUUGAAGGAGCUGAUUGAGAACGCCGUUGAUGCUGGAUCAACAUCCAUUGAAAUCUUGGUGAAAGACGGGGGACUGAAACUUCUCCAGAUUACGGACAACGGCCAUGGCAUAGAUAGGGAUGACCUUCCUAUCUUGUGUGAGAGAUUCACAACGUCCAAGCUAAAGCAGUUUGAAGACCUUUCAUCCAUAGGUACAUACGGCUUCCGCGGUGAGGCCUUGGCGAGUAUAAGCCAUAUCGCCCAUCUCACCGUGACCACGAAGACUGCAGGUUCCAGCUGUGCAUGGAGAGCACAGUAUAGCGAUGGGAAGCUUGUCCCUCCUAAACCCGGACAGAGCGCUGCGCCUAAAGCUGCUGCCGGACGUGGAGGCACACAGAUAACAGUAGAAGAUCUGUUCUACAACGUUCCGACAAGACGCCGCGCCUUCCGGUCGGCAAGUGAAGAAUACGCCAAAAUCCUGGAUGUAGUCGGUCGAUACUCCGUCCAUUGCUCUGGAGUGGCGUUCUCGUGUCGCAAACAUGGCGAUUCAGGCGUCAGUGUCUCUACUCCUGCUGUUGCGAACACGAUCGACCGGAUCCGCCAAAUCCAUGGCAGCGCAGUUGCGAACGAACUCGUUGAAUUCAAAGCUGAAGAUGAGAAAUUAGGGUUCCGCUCAUCCGGACUGGCCACAAACGCGAACUACCACGUCAAACGAACUACCAUACUCCUUUUCAUCAACCACCGCUCCGUCGAAUCCACUGCCAUCAAACGAGCAGUCGAACAGACGUAUGCCAGUUUCCUCCCGAAAGGAGGCCACCCAUUUGUCUACAUCGACCUAGAAAUCGAGCCACAACGUGUCGACGUAAACGUACACCCCACAAAGCGCGAAGUGAACUUCCUGAACGAAGACGAAAUCAUUGAAUGCAUCUGCAACGAGAUUAGAUCCAAACUUGCACAAGUGGACUCGAGCCGGACCUUCUUAACCCAAAGUCUCCUCCCAGGUGUAACGACAAUAGAGCCCUUGCCCCGCGACAAUGAAGGUGCUAGUACAGUCCCCAAAACACCACUCACGACCAAAAAGCCAUACGAACACAACCUCGUCCGCACCGAUUCCAAAGUCCGCAAAAUCACCUCUAUGCUCACCCCAGCCACAUCCCACACCCCAGCAACCCCCCAAGCAGACACCAGUGCCCUCGACGAAGGCCUCCAGUACGAGACCACCGAACGCGAACCACACCGCAUCGCCUUCACCUCCAUCAAGAACCUUCGCACCUCAGUCCGCAACGCAAUGCACAACACCCUAACCGAAACGAUCGCCUCGCACACUUACAUCGGUCUCGUCGACGAGCGCCGACGCAUCGCCGCUAUUCAAUCAGGCGUAAAACUCUACCUUAUCGACUACGGCAUGUUCUGUACCGAAUUUUUCUACCAAAUCGGCCUGACAGACUUCGGAAAUUUCGGGAUAAUCAAGCUCUCCCCAGCCCCCAAACUCAUCGACCUCCUCCGCAUCGCAGUCGACACCGAACGUGACAAACACCAGGACACCAGAUCCCAAGCACAACAGGAAAAAGAACAAGACGAAGCAAACGAAAUCUUCACUAACGCCCCCGACCUAGUCGCCCAAACGCUCAUUGAUCGCCGAGAGAUGUUAAAUGAGUACUUCUCUUUGGAAAUCUCCCCAGAAGGUGACCUCCUAUCCAUCCCACUCCUCUUGAAAGGCUACAUCCCCAGCCUGGGCAAACUGCCCCGCUUCCUACUCCGACUCGGACCCUACGUCGACUGGGUGAGCGAGGAGGAUUGUUUCCGAACAUUCCUGCGAGAGUUAGCAGCUUUUUAUACCCCGGAACAGCUGCCCCCUCCUCCACCUUCGCUUACAACUCCCGAGAACGGGGAUAGAGCCGACGCAAAGGACGAGGACGAAUUCAUUACGCAGAGACGGUCACACAUGGCGCGGAUGUUGGAACACGUAGUUUUCCCGGCUCUUCGGGCCCGACUAGUCGCGACGACGCGGCUUCUCCAGGGAGUGGUGGAGGUUGCGGAUUUGAAGGGGUUGUAUAGGGUUUUUGAGCGUUGUUGAGUUGUGUGCAUUUAUUGAGGCAUUAAAUGGAUGUAUGACGUUUUAAGGCUUGAUAGGGAUGAGCGGGGGUGUUGGGUUAUACGUAGAGACUGUAUGCCCUCAUCUAGU